AUGGCUUGGGUUCACCUACUCAGACUGCGCAGUGAACCACGGAGAAACUCGCCCGAACGUAACAAAAGCCUGAAGGAGUGUGGCCACACCACAGUGAAGGAGAGUGGCCACACAACAGUGGAGAGUGGCCACAUCACAGUGAAGGAGAGUGGCCACACCACAGUGAAGGACAGUGACCACACCACAGUGAAGGAGAGUGGCCACACCACAGUCAAGGAGAGUGGCCACACCACAGUCAAGGAGAGUGGCCACACCACAGUCAAGGAGAGUGGCCACACCACAGUGAAGGAGUGUGGCCACACAACAGUGAAGGACAGUGGCCACACAACAGUGGAGUGUGGCCACACCACAGUGAAGGAGUGUGGCCACACCAGAGUGAAGGAGUGUGGCCACACCACAGUGAAGGAGUGUGGCCACACAACAGUGAAGGACAGUGGCCACACCACAGUGAAGGAGUGUGGCCACACCACAGUGAAGGAGUGUGGCCACACAACAGUGAAGGACAUUGGCCACAUCACAGUGAAGGACAGUGGCCACACCACAGUGAAGGAGAGUGGCCACACCACAGUGAAGGAGAGUGGCCACACCACAGUGAAGGAGAGUGGCCACACCACGGUGAAGGAGAGUGGCCACACCACGGUGAAGGAGAGUGGCCACACCACGGUGAAGGAGAGUGGCCACACCACAGUGGAGAGUGGCCACACCACAGUGGAGAGUGGCCACACCACAGUGAAGGAGAGUGGCCACACCACAGUGAAGGAGAGUGGCCACACCACAGUGAAGGAGAGUGGCCACACCACAGUGAAGGAGAGUGGCCACACCACAGUGAAGGAGAGUGGCCACACCACAGUGAAGGAGAGUGGCCACACCACAGUGAAGGAGAGUGGCCACACCACAGUGAAGGAGAGUGGCCACACCACAGUGAAGGAGAGUGGCCACACCACAGUGAAGGAGAGUGGCCACACCACAGUGAAGGAGUGUGUGGCCACACCACAGUGA